AUGGUCUUGGACCUGUGGACCUCGACUGGCGCCCUGCCACGCGAUUUGGCGCUGGCAGUGGCAGAUGAUGCGCCCCAGGAGGACGCCAGCGCCUUCUUCACCAAGGUUUUCGCAGCUGCCGCACAGGGAUGCACGGCCAGACUCCCAGAUGCCCGCAAAGUUUCUUGA